GUACUAUUGCUCCUCAGGUGACUGGGAUCAGUGUGAGCCCUGGACAAGACCAGCUGGUGAUAAUCCAUCUGAGGGGCGGCAAUGACUUGGUUGUGUCCUUGACGUCCCAGAACAAUGCCAACAGAGUAGGGGAGCUGACAGGCCUGCUGCUGCGCCAGUACCAGAUCCUGAACCGAAGUGACCUGCGUGUGGUUGUGGCACCCGCACUACAGUGCAUGCUUGGCAACAAGAGCAAGAUGAUCACAGUUGAACAGACUGACAUUGGCUCCUUCCCCGUGUUCAGACGGGGAUCGAAAAAAGAAAUGGUGUACUCCUGGCCAUCCUCCUUCAACAAGGAACUUCCUCCUCCCUCAACCACCUCCACCAUGAAUAGACCACCCCACCCCCGCCAGGCACCUCCCCCUCCCUCACGCUCCCCGAUGAAUGGACACCACAGGAACUCUAACGGACAUCAGACCCACAACUACAGCAAUGUUCCUCCCACCAGCAAGAUCAAUGGGCAGUCACACUCAAACAGCCACCUUCACAGGAAUGAGAAUGGCAGCAGGCUGUAUGCCAACACUGGGGGGUACUAGGCAUUCACUGGAUGUUGUGGUUGGGUGGGGCAUAAGAAGUCAUUGGGUGGUGUGUGUGCGUGAGUGAAAGUGUGUGUGUGUGUGUGUACACUAUAGUCUAUCGAUUUUAACUUGAGCC